CUCCAAACCAGUAGAGAAAACAAACAAACAAAAACCCACCAAAAGAUGGCAAAAUCACUCAUCCUCCUCCCCUCUCUCAUCAUAGCACUAUCCCUCUCCACCACCUCGGCCGCCGCCGCCGCCACCUCAUCAUCAUCAGCCUUCAUCGACUCCUCCUGCGCCGCCACCCGCUACCCCGACCUCUGCCGCCAAUCCCUCUCCUCCUACGCCCGCACCCUCCAGCAGAACGACCACCGCCGCCUCGCCCUCGCCGCCCUAUCCGUCAGCCUCGCCAAGGCCAAAUCAGUCUCCUCCUACGUCACCCAAUCCGCUGAGCUGGCAUCCAAAAAUGCCAACACCAACCCCUCUGUGGUCCAGGCGGUUAAGGACUGCACCCGCAACAUGGGCAACGGGGUGAACCGGCUCGACCAGUCGGUCAAGGAGCUCACCGUCCUGGACGGACUCGAGGGGGACAAGUUCGAGUGGCACAUGAGCAACCUGCAGACUUGGGUCAGCGCGGCGUUGACCGACGAGAACAUGUGCGUUGAAGGGUUCGCGGACCGGACCAUGGACGGUCCGGUUAAGGUUGGGGUCAGGCGUCGGGUGGUUUACGUGGCUAAGAUCACUAGUAACGCUCUCGCUCUGGUUCAGCGGUUCGCGGCGAAGCAUGCUCGUGUCGGCCGGCAUCAUCCUUAGUUAUUAAUUAAUAGACUAAUAGCAGUAGUUAAUUAGUGUUUCUUUUGUGUGUAACUGUAUUAAUCACUGUCGUCUUACAAGUAAUAAAACAAAGUAGCCUUUGUUUGCUAUGUUUAAUACUCUGCCUUUGAGCAUCAUUUCGUUACCUUUUCCUUUGCAAUCGAUGAUCCUCAUCCUAUCAUUAAGUACUGCAUUAUAUAUGGUCUUAUAUUUAUAUGUCGGUGAUGCGUGUUGCUUUAACUUUUUUGUUUCAAAAUAUUAUAAAGAUACAGCAUUUUA